AUGGCCAUCCCCUUGCUUACCGUACUUUUCCUCUGCCGUGUCGCAGCCUGGGAGCUAUCGAACAAUCCCUCUAGCUGGAACCAGACGCACUGGUCCUUGACCUCACACGAGUACCUUCCCGGGCAUUUUCAGGGCCGUCUGUCGCUGGCCAACGGUUACGUCGGAGCCUCCGUCGCCGCCGCAGGCCCUUUCUUCGAGAUUGACGUCAACGACACAGAUCCGUCCGGACCGCCGCCAACCAACGGCUGGCCGCUGUUCGAUCCUCGCAUCUCCUUCUCCACCAUCUCGGGCUUCUACAACAUUCAGAAGAAUGCAACGGGCACAAACUACCCCUGGCUGGGCCAGUACGGCUGGGACUCCUUCAUCGCCGGCAUACCUCAUCCGACCGCCAUCGUCUUCUCAUUCGGAUCCGUCUACCUCGACAGCACAGUUUCGAACGAGACCAUCUUCAACUACACCCAGACUCUCUCCAUGAGCACGGGCAUGACAGAAUGGUCGUACAAGUGGAAGCCACCAAGCAUGUCGGCCGAGUUUGACCUCUUUUUCAGCGUCAUCUUCAGUCGAGAGCGGCCCAACGUGAUCGCGAGCAAGGCGACGAUUGUUGCAUCGAAAGACAUCGACGGGGAGGUGACGGACCUUCUCGACGGUCGCAGCGCCGUGCGAAGCUAUCUGGCCGACAAAGGGAGACAUUCCGGCCGAGAUGGCAAUGGCAUCUUCGUCUCGGUCCACCCGAAUGGACUGCCCAAUGUCACCGCUUGGCUCGUCUCAAACGAAGACUUUGCAACUGCCGACAAGCCGAGGCUGGCCAAGGGACCUUACGUUAGCGCGAACGAAUCCACAGUGGGACAGACGUUUACCCUGAACCUCAAGGCCGGCCAACCAGUCACGCUUUUCAAGUACGUCGGCGUCGCAUCGACGGACAAGUUCCCGGAUGCCAAGGACGUCGCCACGCGUGCGGCGUCUUCGGCGAAAGCCAAGGGAUGGGAUGGCCUCGUGGCCGAGCACGUUGACGCGUGGAAAGCGCUCAUGCCGCCGGAUUCGGUCGACGAUUUCACCGACCCGACGUCCGGGACGCUGCCUUUGGACCCGAACCUGGAGACGCUGCAGAUUGGUACGAUCGCGAGCACCUUUCAUCUGCUGCAGAACCUCCAGCCCGACGGCAGCAAUCUCAACGACAACUCCAUCCCGGUGAGCGGGCUCGCCUCCGAUUCGUACGCCGGUCAGAUCUUCUGGGAUGCCGAUACCUGGAUGGCGCCGGGCCUCAACUUGGCGUUUCCCACCUACGCGAAGCAGGUAGCUAACUUUCGGCUGAAGCAGCACGCGCAGGCGCUGGAGAAUGCCGCCUUCAACGGCUACCCGAACGGAAGCAUCUUGUACUCGUGGACCGCCGGCCGCUACGGCAACUGCACGGCGACGGGCCCUUGCGUCGACUACGAAUAUCACCUCAACUACGACAUCGCCUUCAACCUCCUGCAGCAAUACAAAAUCAACGAAAACAGGACAUGGUUCGAGGCCGGACCCGAGCAGGUCGUCCUCGGCGUCGCCGAGAUGACGGCCCAUCUUCUGCAGCGCAACGACACCGACGGCCUCUACUGGCUGCGCAACGCCACGGACCCGGAUGAGUACGCGAACAACGUGAACAACCCGUCCUUUACCAUUUCAUCGGCCAGCCAGCUGCUCAUGCGCGUCAACGAGUUGCUGCUUUCUCGGGGCCGGCCGGCCAACGAGACGUGGGCUCGCAUUGCGGACAGGAUCGCCUUUCCGAGAGCGGCGUCUGGCAUCACGCUCGAGUACCAGACCAUGAACAACUCGGUCGAGGUGAAGCAGGCAGACGUUGUCCUGAUCACCUAUCCUCUCGGCUACGACAGAAACUACACGACCAACAACUCGCUGCUGGACCUCGACUACUAUUCCCAGAAGCAAUCGCCGGACGGCCCGGCCAUGACUUUCAGCGCCUUCGCCAUCGACGCCAACGCCGUGUCGCCGUCCGGCUGCGCCGCCUACACGUACACGUUGAAGGCGCUGCUCCCCUACCUGCGCGGGCCGUGGUACCAGUUCUCGGAGCAGCAGGUCGACGACCCGAGCAAGAAUGGCGGUACGAACCCGGCCUUUCCCUUCCUCACUGGCCACGGCGGCGCCUUGCAGAUCGCGCCCUUUGGAUUUCUCGGCAUCCGAACGGACCGAUCGGUCCUCGCCCUCUCGCCCUCGCUGCCGCCGCAGAUUCCGCACCUCAGGGUUCGAACCUUUUACUACGCAGGCGCCGCCUUGCGUGCGGUCAUGAACAGGACGACAACGACGCUCGGCCGGAUCCCCGCGCCGGAGCAUCUCCACGACACGUACGCGGGGAAGCGGAUGCCGUUUGACGUCGAGUCGGCGGACGGAGCGAGCCGACGCUACACCAUCGGCGUGAACGAAACGGUGACGGUCGCCAACCGGCUCUACUGGGAGAACGCGACCUACGCCCGCAACAUGCUGCAGUGCCUGCCCGCGACGUCGCCGGACGCCUGCGUCGCCGGUCAGCUGCCGGAGGGUGCCAACGACGGCGCGCUGGCGACCAGCUGGCAACCGUCGACGGCGGCGGCGAGCAGGCUGCUCAUCGACACGAGCAGCCUCGGACGGCGGAAGGUGUCUGGUGCGUACUUUGACUUUGGGGAGAGGCCGGUGGCCAAGGCGACGAUCCUGUUCUACAACAAAACGACCGGCGUCGGCGCCGGGCGGGAGGUGACGGUGAACGGGAUUCGAGCCAACGGCUCGGCCUCGGCGGGUUCGGCCGUCGUGCCGGUGCAGAGCAACACGACCAGCAUGGUGUUUUCGGCCGAUCUGGACUUAUGGACCGGUGACUGGGUCCAGCUGACCGUCGAAGGUUGCUUGGGCUGCGACGAGGGCGCCGGCGCGGAUGGGUCGGCGGUCGGAGGAACCAUUGCCGAGUUUGUCGUCUAUUGA